AUGAAGAUCUUAGAGGCGCAAUCAGCUACGUUGACCAAUUUUGAGGUCUAUACACAUUUAAAAGAUAUUCAAAAUAAACACCGUACAGGAGGAAGAAGACCAGGAAAUCUUGACAAUGUUAUGAAGGAGUUAAUGCAAUACUUCGAAGAAGCUCCAUCGCCUCUCGCACAAAAGCCUUGUCCAUAUAAACCUGAUACAAUCAAGAUCCUCCUUGAACGACUUCGUUCUUUCGACUUGACCAAAGCUGAAAUCCUUAUGAUAAUUAAUCACCGACCAACAUCAAUGGAGAAUCUGAAUAUCAUAAUCGAAGAGUUGGAGUUGAGGUUUCCAGAUGAGAAUGAUCAGUGGGCAAUUAUAGAUGUUGUCAAAGAGGUGCUCGGUGCAGAGGACGCGGACGAAAUGAAGCAGACUAUGGCGGAUAAUACCGAAAACGCCAAGAAGGAUGAACAGAAAAGACAACAGGAUGAAGAGAGAAGAUACCAGGCUAUGUUAAUGGAUGAAUCGUAA